UGUUGGUCACGGUGUAGCAGGCCAUGAUCGACAAGCCGAACCGCUCUUCCAAACAUUGUUUCUACCCUUAGUCCAUCCAUUGUACCUGGCGAUACCAAACGAAGUGGCUUGAAAAAUGCUAAGCAGCGCCCUCGUAUGCCUCCUGCUCUUCGUCACGGCAUAUCAUGGCGCUGUCAUAGCGAGCAGUCCCCGUCUCCCGCUCGGCAACCGAGGCGAAGCAGGUGCUCCGCAGAAACCAGGCUAUGUUCGGAUGCCGGUAUCCCGACACAGGUUCAAUGGCACAGGAAGGUGGCCGUGGGGAUGGCACUGGUCGCCGCCCCCGGGGUUUCCGGGACCAUGGCCGUGGCCCGGGUCCCCUUCGCCCUUCCAACCGACGGGGACUUUCUCUCCGCAAGGUCCGAAUCCCUGGCCCACACCACAAUCAGGAUAUCCAUCAAUACCAUGGCCUUCUUUCUCGUUUCCUACCGCAUCUCUUAACGUGCCGAACCGGCCGCCAAAUCUCCCCCCAACUUCGUUAUCUUCUUCGGCAAGACCCAAAACUACAUCGGCGACCAAGGCGGUAUCAACUCUAUCAACAGCAUUGCCAGCAACUCCUCAACCACCAGUGCGCCGGCAGGCCCCAGUAGACCGACGAUGGGGAUGGUCGAGUUUGCAAGAGUUGGGCGGCAUUGCCUACAUCCUUGAAUUGCAAAUCGGGACUCCGCCCCAAAAGAUCAAGGUCUUUCUUGACACGGGGUCAUACGAGCUGUGGGUGAAUCCCAAGUGCAACACGUCGGCGUCCGAGGCCAUCUGCCAGAGCCACGGCAUCUAUUAUCCCAACAAGUCCAACUCCUCCAUGUACGUGGGCGGCGACUUUGCUGUUACGUACGGCACGGGAGCAGUCAAGGGCAGCUACUGGUCAGAUAUCAUGAGCAUAGCAAUGUUUCAGAUACCCCAAGUGCAGUUCGCUGUUGCGAGUGACAGCAACUACACGUUUUCCGGCAUCCUGGGCCUGGGAUAUGCAUACCCCUACUCCAUCAACUACCCGAGCGUCCUGAAUCUGAUGGUGUCACGAAAGCUGAUAUUGGCGCCGAUAUUCAGCCUGGGAUUAGGGGGUGACGGAGACGGAUUCAGCGAGAUCAUCUUUGGCGGCGUCAACAGGUGGAAGUUUGCCGGGCCUCUGGAGCCCGUGUCCAUCUGGCCUCCCAUCUCCGAGCAAGACCCGAGAUGGAUCCAAUACUGGGUCAACGUAACCUCGGUGGGCAUCACCAAACCCGGCGAAAGCCCCGUCAUCUACACACCCCGAGAGACCUUCGUCAUGCCGACGCUGAUCGACACGGGCUCAACACUAUCCUACAUCCGCGAGGACCUGGUCGCCACCAUCGGCCAACAAUUCCAGGCCACCAUUGACGCCCAGGGGAACUAUAUAGUCGACUGUUCCUGGCGCAACAGGAGCGGCACCGUCGACUUUGGCUUCAACCGCGGCCGCAUGGUCAUCAACGUGCGCUACAAGGACUUUAUCUACCAGCAGUACCCGGGCCAUUGCAUGUUGGGUGUGCAGCCGGCAGACGUGGGCUCGACGAAUUUUGUGCUGGGGGAUACCUUUAUCAGGGCGGCGUAUUUGGUUUUUGAUCAGCAGUCCGACAUAGUGUGGAUGAAUCAAUACUAUAACUGUGGAGACGGUGUGGUAACCGUUGGCGAGACACCUAAAGACACAAAAUACAUUGUCGGUGCGUGUUAGUCUUUACCCUGUCGUAGUUGACACGAGUUUGGUUGGUUGAAGGGUUACUAUCUGGAUAGAGGAGAAAGAGAUUCACAGUGAGGGGAAACCAUGCAGGUAUCGCACCAAGGAGUCUCCAGAAAAGGGGCAGGGGCUGCCGAGAAGGGGCGACUUGCAUGUAGGGCCUAGGUGCAAACUUUCGAUACCGUAGACGAUGU